AUGUCAUUUGUUCUUGGCAAUAACCUAACCAGUGUGGCUGUUGGUAACCUCCUUAAAUUGUUGAGCAUGAUACUCCCAAUUGGAUCUCGCCUACCUCGAACAAAAUAUUUAUUCGACAAAUAUUUUAAUGGUUUUCGAGAAGGACUUGAACAUAAAUUUUAUUGCCCUAAUUGCCAAACACUUUUUCAAACAAGUGAAAAGUUAAAGUGUUUCAUUUGCAAUGUAGAAUUUGAACAACACAGACUAUUAGAACAAGGGAGUUUUUUUUUAUACCUCCCAAUUGAAAAACAAUUAAGGGACUUCUUACAAGAAAAUAGUGUAUCAGAUAAUUUAGAUUAUCGUUUUAAUCGAGAUUCACACAAUAGUGUAAUUAGUGAUAUCUAUGAUGGGCAAAUGUACAGGUCGCUUGGUGAUGGCAUUCUAACUUCUGAUAGAAAUGCUCUUAGUUUGUCUUUUGGUUGUGAUGGUGUCCCAGUUUUUCGCUCCUCCUCAUUUAGUAUCUGGCCAUUACAGGGCAUGCUUAACGAACUUCCUCCUAAAAUAAGAAAGCAACAUAUUUUCUUGAUUGGUCUUUGGUUUGGACCAAGUAAACCAAAUAUUCUGCAAUUUUUGGAACCAUUUACUAGCGAAAUGAGGCGGCUUGGGUCGGUUGGAAUGAAAUGGUUACGAGCUGGUGUUGAAGUCUGCUCUAGGGUUUUUGCUUGCAUUUGCUCAUGUGACAGUGUUGCCAGGUGCCAUAUCCAGAAUAUUCACCAGUUUAAUGGUGUUAAUGGUUGCAGCUGGUGUUAUAACCCUGGCAUUCAGAUUCACAAAGGUCAAGGGCAUACACGGGUGUAUCUCCAAAGUCCUGAAGGGUACAACCUUAGGACCCAAACGGAGCUAAGACAUGAUGCAACCAGGGCAUUUAAACAGCAGGAAACUGUUAAUGGCGUAAAAGGGCUAUCAAAGCUGAUGAAAUUGCCAUACUUUGAUAUUGUUAGAGGAUUUCCAGUUGAUAACCUUCAUUGUGUCGAUCUUGGUGUAUCACGGCAACUUGGUCAUCUUUGGUUUGACUCUUGUAACCACCAGGAACCUUGGUAUUUGGGCAGGCAUAUUGCGGAGAUUGAUGCUAAACUUCGACAAAUAAUACCUCCCCAUGAAGUGACAAGGAUUCCUCGUUCAGUCACACAACGAGCUUAUUGGAAAGGCUCUGAGUGGCACUGGUGGAUUCUUCUCUAUUGCCCUAUUGUCCUUUAUGGACUGUUGCCUUCAAGGUACUAUCACCAUAUGCUUCUUUUAUGUCAUGGUGUGUACUUGUUGACUAAGGCCUCUAUUACUCAUUCAGACCUAAACCAUGCCAGUGCUUCAUUGACCAAAUUUGUUAAUGAGUUUCAACAACUUUAUGGUGAAAUUCACAUGACAUACAAUAUUCACCAAUUAAAUCAUCUCACUCAAACGGUAAUUGACUGGGGGCCGUUAUCUAUUUAUUCUACUUAUGUUUUUGAAGGCUUCAAUCUUGUAUUGAUGAGACUUUUUCAUGGAACACAAGCUGUGCCCAUGCAAAUUGCCAAUUCAUUUCUACUGUAUCGAGCUCUUGAUGCUCUUAGUGAUGUCUCACUUGAAAAUGAUGGAGAAAGUGCUCUUUCCUUUUUCAUGGAAGCUCAGUUAAAAGGCACUGUGCUUUUGAAGAAAGCGAAGAGGCUUCGUAAUGGGGUUGUGGCUUUGGGUGCGUCAUAUUGUCGGCCUUUUACAAUUGAAGAGAGAUUUCUUGUUGAGAAUGAUGCUUGUUAUGAUGCAGUCCACGUUGAACAAGCUGAGUUUUUCAUUAAGGCUGUUGUUGAGGGCAUUGUUCUGGACUGCCAACAAUACAUCCGUAACUCUCGCAGAAGGAAUUCUAUUGUUGGGCUCACAGAUGGGAAUAUAGUGGAGCUUAAAGUAUUUGCUGUUGUUGAUAGUGUGUGUUUUGCUUUCGCAAGGUCUAUUAGUGUGGUGCGGCCAAGCUGGCUUAGAAGGGAUAGUGAGUGUGGUCGACUUUGUAAUAAUAUUUUUGAAGUGCUAGAAAUUGAUUCAGUGUUACAAAUAGUGAGGUUAAAUAACAUCAAAGACAAAUUUAUAUUAUUUAAUCAGGAGAGUUUUGAUGUAAAUAACUUUAUAUGUAGAUUACCAAAUAUGUUUGAUAGAGAUUAA